GAUUGCGGCGCGAAAAACGAGAUCAGAUCUCGAGAACCGAUUCGCUGUCGUGAGUGCGGUCACCGAAUCAUGUACAAGAAGCGAACAAAACGAAGUACGUCCCCUCACUCUGCGGCGCACUCCAUUCACUCACUGGCCCCGACAGUGGUGCAAUUCGAGGCGCGAUGA